AUGGGUCCAUCGACUGCACCUCGGCGCACAGUCGCUGGCAAUGCCUCUGGCACUACGACCGCCACAGGAAGGGAAUCAUCCCAACAGACUGGGAAAAAGAGAGACUCGAGAGCCGGAAUGCGCAAAGUCACUUCAUUGACAGCCGAACAAUUAGAACGGAAACGCGCAAAUGAUCGAGAAGCGCAACGAACUAUUCGUGCGCGCACGAAGGAGCAUAUUGAGAACCUGGAGCAUCAAGUUGCUGAGUUAAGUGCAAAGGGCCAGCAGGUUGACCGUGUCUUAGAGCGGAAUGCUGCGCUGGAGUCGGAAAUUGCGCACUUAAGGCAACAGUUGGCUAUGAUGACGAACAGUAGGCAGUUGUAUCAAAGCGAAGAUGAUCGCAGGUCUUCAACCAGCUCAAAUCCUCCAAGCGUUAUUUCUUCACCAUUCAACAGUCCCCCGUUGACAGACUCAAUAGCCCCGGGACCACCUAUGCCGCCUCUUACCCAUAGAAUGUCCCUACCACAGGGAUCAUGGCAUUCAUAUGUUUCUCCAUCACAAACUGGGGCACUGCCACCGACGUCGAUCUCCGUGAGCGGAGCAGAGCAAUCACAUGAACCACCCUACCCCAUGACCGCGGAUCCUCUAGCAGGAUCAUCCAUGGGUCAAGCACACCACGAUAUGGGAUAUGGUCUCCCACAAACAACUACAGGGGCACAGUAUUCCAACAGCAACGCGGACUCAUACAACCGCAAUCUAACUUAUCCCUCUCGAGCAGUUUUGGGCCAGCCACAGCAGCAACAGCAGCAUCGACCACAACAUAUUCCGGUGGCGACCAUGGGAUACGAGCAGAAUAUCCCGUCGCUACAGGCAGCUCAUCUACCUGUACCACCUCAUCAGCAACAUCAUACAUAUCCUUCUCAGAUCUUGCAUUCGCCUCCCGCUCAAUCUCAGAUGGGAUAUCAGUGGGAUUCGAGGGGUUGA